CGGUGUCUUUGUCUGUGUCUGUAUGCCUGUCGACUCGUGGCAAAGCCAGACACAAGUGAACGAGCCGCAAGAACCGUGGCGAAACAAUCGACACAGAUUUCCAUUCUGUUCAUUUCAGAGAAUUUCCCUUCACCAUUCACCUUCAAAGAGGGUCGCUGCUGAUCACUGCAUUCCGAUGGAGCUCAGCUCUUCAAGCUCUGUCUGGGGCACUCGAAUCGGCCACGUACCAGCUUCACCGAAGAUUUUCGGCCCCCUUCAGUCCCAACUUUCGUUCCCGGCGUUAACUGCAAGACCCAGAAGGCGUUCUGCCCGCAAGAGGUCUUUUUGGUGCAUGAUCUCUAAUGGGUAUGCGGGGAGUGGGAGCUUCGGCAUUGGUAACAAUGGCAGAAGCUUCGUCACCGCUGCCGCCAAUGGCAUCAGAGCUAAGAUUUACAGGAGGUUGGGUUCUUGCCUUGUGAUACCGCCCCCCGGUGGGAGGAAGCCGCGCGCCAUCAUCAAGUUCUUGGGCGGAGCUUUCAUUGGAGCUGUCCCUGAAGUCACCUACAGCUACUUGAAAGAGCUCUUAGCAAAGGAAGGGUUUUUGAUAAUUUCAGUGCCUUACAAUGUGACAUUCGAUCAUGCCGAAGCUGCUAACGAAAUCUACGCCAAGUUCAACUCUUGCUUUGAUAAUUUCUUGUCUUCUGGGUUGCCCGAGGAUGGCCUGUCAGCUGCUGAUCUUGCCGGUCUUCCGCUUUUCUCCGUUGGUCACAGGCAAUUUUUUUUGGUGGCUUCACUAUCUAUUUCUCACAAUGGUGCACUUCUCCAAGUGCUAGCAGGAAGUUAUUUCUCCGAGAGGAUACCAAAGGCUAAUGCCAUAAUCUCGUACAACAACCGGCCAGCAACAGAGGCAGUUCCUUACUUCGAGCAGUUGGGCCCUCUUGUUAGUCAGAUGAUGCCGCUUAUGGAGGCUUCCCCCGUUUAUUCCUUGGCUCAAAAUGUCUCCGGAGAUGCUAUGAGAGUGCUAUUUGAUACUGCUGGUUCGAUUAUUAAGGAGUACGAUCAGGAAGCCCUAGUUUCCCUGACCAAGUUUGUUGAUCAGUUGCCCUCUGUAUUUAAUCAGGUUACUGAAGGAAUAUCAGAGUUUAGACCGACACCUUCCGAGAAUCGUGAUUUUUGCAAGAACUCAUACAAUGUUAAGCACACGCUAUUGGUGAAGUUCAAUAUUGAUGGAAUUGACGAGACCGAUCUGUUAGAGGAGACACUGAGGCCUCGGGUGGAGUCCAUCGGAGGGACGCUGGAAAAGGUCGAGCUAAGUGGCACCCACAUCACACCAUGCAUUCAGGAUCCCAGAUGGCUAGUUGGUACCGUCUACACGCCAGCAGAUGCCAUCGCCCAGGGGCUCAAGACACUUUCUUUGCAUGAGACCAGAGUCCUGUCCCGGACCAUAAGCGAUUGGUUCAGACAAUUCGAAAAAUGAUACACAUCUCUGUCAUAGAAAUUGCUCGACUCCAGCAAUAUGUAGACAGCACGAAAGAUGAUAUAUAGAUCGAUAGUGUUGGUACCUUAGAUAUCAUACUUGUGUGAGCGAAUUCCCAAGAACUUGUACAUGACCCCAUGAUUAUUGUUGAGCUGUAUCACUGUCGCACGGAUUGAAGUCAGUUUUAAUCGGAACUUGUACGAAAGACACUUA